AUAGUAGACGAGCGAUACGAUCGCCGCCGGUGUCACUCCUGGCAAGCGUUUGGCCGCAAAUAUCUACAUAUAUAUAGCCGUCAUCAAAGAUCGGUAUUACUAAAUAAAUUGUUGGUUAAUACACAGUAUGUAUAUAUAUCUGUGAACAUAUGUUUCAUUUGUUGAAAGACAGACACUAUUGAUGUCGUAUAUACAACAACACAAAAGAUAUCAAUUUAUAAAUGAGUUAUCAAUUAUUGACAAAUAAUAAUAUUGAAAUAAUGGGCGGACGAACAUUGAGACGAUACCUAUUGAUGGGACUGUUAUGUUUGGUUACUAUUGGACUCAUCUAUCAGUUUACAUCACCCGCUUGUUUUGUAUCACAUUCAUCGGCAUCGCAAUGGAUUGGACCCGAGCGAUUUGUUAUGAGCAAAGAUGAGAGUCAAAAGUUUGUAUAUAAUCGAUAUAUGCCUCUCAUAUUCAUUGGAGGAAUGCCUAGAAGUGGUACAACACUGUUGAGAGUACUUCUCGACGCACAUCCAGAUAUCCGAUGCGGGGAAGAGACUCGUGUCAUACCCCGACUGCUGGGUCUUCGUCAGACUUGGCUGAAGGCCCCCUUCGAGUCGCGUCGACUACAGGAGGCGGGCAUCACAUCGGAAGUCCUAGACUCAGCUGUCGGUGCUUUCAUAUUGGAGAUUAUUGCCAAACACGGUACGCCAGCUGCCCGACUCUGCAACAAAGAUCCAUUUACGCUGCGGUCAGCCGUUUAUCUCAGAUACCUGUUUCCUAAGUCGAAGUUUAUUUUUAUGAUAAGAGACGGUCGAGCAGUGGUUCACUCGAUUAUUAGCAGAAAAGUUACAAUUUCAGGCUUUGAUCUAAAAGACUUUCGUCAGUGCCUUAAGAAGUGGAACGCAGCCAUGUCUGCAAUGCACUAUCAAUGCCAAGAGUUGGGCCCCACUGUCUGUUUGCCCGUACAUUACGAACAAUUAGUUUUGCAGCCAAACAAAUGGUUGCAUAAUAUCUUGAAUUUUUUGGACGUUCCCUGGAAUGAGUCGGUUCUACAUCACGAACAACUGGUCAACAGAAAAGACGGAAUCUCUCUAUCAAAAUUGGAGCGAUCGACAGAUCAAGUAAUCAAACCGAUAAAUAUCGAAGCGCUGAGCAAAUGGGUCGGACAGAUACCCGACGAUGUGGUCAAAGAUAUGAACGAAGUGGCACCGAUGCUGGCAAUGUUGGGCUACGAUCCGGCCGCUAAUCCUCCCAACUAUGGAAGCGCCGAUCUAUUAGUUAAACAAAAUAUGGAACAAUUGAACCGAAACAAAGAGGACUGGGAUGCAAAACAACAGCACUUGCAGUCAGUUAGGGAAUCGAUACGCAAUUCACUUGUCAAACAAAAAGCUAAUAAUAAUAAUGAUAAUAAUAAUGACAAUAAUGUCAUUGAUAUGAUACCACAAAGUAAUGAUUUGGACAAAACUUUGAGUCCUCUACAAAGUAUUACAUGAUUUUCGUUAAGUAAAUGGUGUGUGCGCUGAGUAUAACAUCAUUUGGACAUUAAUUAAAAUAAAAGAUGAACUUAAUAUUGAUAACAAUAAUAAUAAUGACGAUAAUAAUGAUAAUAAUAAUAAAUAA